UGGGUUUAGUAGUUUAUCAUCAAAAGUUGGGCUUUUUUCUUUAAACGAUACCCAAUGUCCCUGACACUGAAGGUAGAUCUUAGUCCACCCCGCAGUAAGCUGGUGAUUGAAAAGUCAAGCUUUGAUGACGAGAAAUCCAGACAUCGGAAGAAUGUGGAGGAGCAUUACUUCAAUCAUAAGAUGGAGCUGUUCAUUCCUGGCUGUGCAGAGCUGCCACCUAGCGCCCAGGCAGUGUUUGACAUGUCUGAUGAUUUCUACAUCAUCAAGGAUCUUCCACUUACAGAGUUGAUCAACAAAGAUUUUAUUGAAAAUUUCGUGAAGAAAGGUUCCCUGUAUAUGCUGUCCCACAACACACACAUCGAUAAGCACAAUGUCUAUGCAGUACUACCCACAGGUAAGUUGAUCCUGUCUGUACACAAGGACACAUAUGAGGAACUGGGGCUUGUGGGACAGCCAUCACAGUUUAAUAGGAAGGUCAAGAGAAAGUUUGUUGUGGAGGUUGACCUUACCCAAGAUAUCUUUGUACCUGGGAAGAAGAAUUACGAGCGAGUGAAAAAAGGGUUUCAAAGGACAGAACUAAAAGCAGACUUUCUGCUUUCAUGGAAACCUAGAGGUACCAGACAAUCGGCAGGCCCCGUACUGUCCCACUUUGAAGACAGCUACAGGUGUGACAGACGAAGCCAGGUUCAACAGACCAACAAGCACACAGAGCUACUGCUUCCUGUAGUAAACAGUUCAGAGCUGGAGGAGAGUGAUGACGGGGAGUGGUGUACUGCUAGGGAGUGGUACGAAUGGCUGGGAGCUGUAUCCUGUGGGAUCAAUUGCAAUGAAGCACCGGAGCACUACAUUUCCAGAUACAGCUGUCCUAAACCUAACAAACUGACAGCAACUGCUGUGAGACGUUCCAUGACAGGGUUCAUAGCACCAGGGAGGGUGUGGGCAGUUCUGGAGGCAGUCAGAUCUGACAUGAGAGAUAACCAGUGCCCGUCCCCCUGGGCAGCCCUGACCGUCCACGGGUUUGCGGACAGUCCUGUCUCCUGGGCCAGGAGGGAGCAUGGCUUCCACCAUGGAGGAGAAAACCUCUACACCCUCCUCAUCUUCAGAGACAGCACCUACUGGCUGUUCCAGGCUGUGGGGACCAAUGAUAUCUGUCCUUGAACAAUAAAAUCAUACAUCAUA